AUGUCAGAACCGUCACACAACACCAGCAACUUUUUGGAAGAUUUACAGAACGAUCUUGACGAGAUUUAUAAUGCCAAUUCUCAUAGCAAUGGAAGUGUGGACACCUUGGACUCGAUUACCAACGCAGUUCCCGCUUACGGACCCAGACCCGCUGGUCCAACCCGACUAGGCCAUCCUCAUGUCAUUCCUCCGGUGCACAUUUCUUCUCGAUUAUCGUCGUUACAACUUAGUGACGAGCCCAAAGUGGUCCAAAGUGAACCCCAGACCCCCAAUUCAUCGUCGUCGUUUGACUUUACUCCACGAGGAGCACAAACAAACUCCUCGCUCAACGUUUUGUUGGACACUCCCUCCACGGAAGCUCAAUUCCGUGACAUCGUUGAUCCCGAUACACCCAAUAUUAAUAGUGGGUCAUUUGCCAGUUCCCAAAAAGACGACGACUGGGCUGAAAGGGGUGCUGCAGUGAAAACUGUACUGUCAGGUAACUCGGUUCGAGUCAUAAAACGAACGGUUCAGGAUUUCGAAUUCGGCGAACAUAUCGGAGAGGGUUCGUACUCACAGGUGGUUUUAGCCAGAGAUAAGCACAGCAACAAGCAAUAUGCGGUGAAGGUUCUCGAUAAACGGCACAUAAUCAAGGAAAAGAAGGUAAAGUACGUCAAUAUCGAAAAGCAUGCGUUGAACCGUUUGAGUAAUCAAAUGGGUAUCAUUUCGCUCUACUUUACAUUCCAAGACAAAGCUAGGCUCUAUUUUGUGCUCGACUAUGCUUCCAACGGAGAGUUGUUGACGUUGAUCAAAAAGUACAACACCUUGAACGAGGAAUGUGUUCGCCAUUUUGGAGCCCAGAUCUUGUCCGCAAUCAAGUACAUGCAUGAUAAUGGUGUGAUUCACAGAGAUAUCAAGCCAGAAAACAUCCUUUUAGACGAUAAACUCCGGAUCCAGAUCACUGACUUUGGAACUGCCCGGCUUCUAGAGAAGAAAAAUGACGAAAGUGAAGAGUACCCGCUUGACGUUAGAGCAAAGUCGUUUGUGGGAACGGCUGAAUAUGUGUCCCCAGAACUUCUUGAAAGCAAAUAUUGUGGAAAGCCCGGUGAUAUUUGGGCAUUUGGAUGCAUUGUAUAUCAAAUGGUUGCGGGAAAGCCGCCAUUUAAGGCUACUAAUGAAUACUUGACAUUCCAAAAAAUCACCAAGCUUCAAUAUGCGUUCAGCGCUGGCUUUCCUAUGGUUUUAAGAGAUUUGAUCAAGCAGAUAUUGGUGCUUCAACCUUCACGUCGUGCAACCAUUCCCACUAUACAAAAGCAUUACUUUUUUGAAUCUGUCAAUUUCGAUGAUCCGGAUGCAAUCUGGCAGGCCCCAGUUCCGGAACUUGGUCCCUACAAGAUGAGCGCCAAGUCAAUGACAACUAUUCCUGUCAUUUCGAAAUCAUCUUCGCAACCUCAUAUCACAAAGAGACAACCUUCUUCGACUUAUACACAAAAGAGGGUGGCCAGUGAUAGUCCAGCAGCUCCAAAAUCUGGUGCAGAUGCUACUCGAGUGAAUGCAGCAAGUGUUGCGGCUUUCGUCUACGGCAAGAAAGAUGCCAAUUCCGAUGAUGAGUCCGGUGAAACUUCAGAAAUCUCGGACCGCCCUCGAAGCUCCAAGCCUGUUAAUGGCAAACCAAGACAAAAUAGACAAGCACCAUUGCCGGAUUAUAUCCCGGGAACAAACAUCUUGCGGCCGCAAAUUAAAACAAGGCAAUCAUUUUCCCGAUCCUCGACCGCUAGCCGUAAGUCAUCAAGACUGACGAAGCAGCCCACUAAAUCAAAUGUCAUGGAAGUCACGAAACUUAGCGCCGCUGAGGUUGCUUGGAACGCUUACUUAAAUCAUCCUGAUGAACGCAUCCUUCGAAUCGGACCAGUUAUUUGCAGCAAGCAUGCUACAGAGGUGUACGAAAGAAAGCAUAAAGGCUCCUUGCACGACUCGCCUCUUGGAAUGUCAAGUAGACAACGUGGGAGCAGUCUUCUUUCUCAGGUUGUGAAUAGUGGUGUCGGCUUAAGAGGCGGAGCAAACACCUCUGUUUCGACGGAAGAACCCAUCGAUGCAACAGAUGAGAGCGAGGCAAUAGUUACUUACUACGAAAUCGAAGAAACAUCUUCGUCUAGAGGUACAGAAAGCAGUGGGAAAAGCAGCGGUGCUUCUGAGAAAACUGGCAAAUCGCUCUUCAAAAAAUUAUUGUCUCAUGGAGAUAAAUCUGACUCGGCAGAUUCCUCCGCCAAGCCAGUGAGACACCACCCUUUAGAGAAGUCUCGAACUUGUACAUUGUUGGUCACGACUCAUGGCAGGGCUCUUAUCUUCUUUAGAAAUGAUGCCGAUGCCAACUACAAACUCAUAAGCGAGAUUAAACUCUACUAUCCAUUUGUUCGUUUCAAAGAGUUGAUCUCCAGCGGUGCAAGCAAGCUCCAGAAACUUAUUCCAAGCACAGGCACCUUUGUCAUCAUGUCAACUAACACCUCUUUCGUUUGUGAGGUUGAACAGUUCGAAGUGGGCCAAUGGACUGACGCUUUAGCUAGGUCAAAGCUCAAUCAGCUUGAAAGACAAAAGUCUUCUCUGGAUAGAUCUCUGGCACUGGGACUGAUGAGUGGGCGUAGGACUCCUCAGGAAUCUCCUACGUUGAUGGAUGCUCCUGUUUUCGCUAAUGAUAAAGGUCGUCAAACUUCGUCACCAGCUCCUCCACCUCCUUCGGAUCGUGCUCCUCCUCCUCCUCCUCCUCCUCCUCCUACGGAUUCAGCUCCUCCUCCACCUCCACCUUCAAGGCGAUCUGGAGAAGGUGAACACAAAAAAGAAAGCUUUAUGGCAGCAAAGUUACGCUCAAAAUCUACCAAGCGCAAACCACCACCUGUCUCAGUUUCAACAAACGGCCUUGACAUGUCUACUGGUCUUUCAUCACCUACGGCCAAUAGUGAAAGUGGUAUGUUGCAUGCAGCUCAACUAGCUGUGUCACAUAGUGCUCAAUCUCCCACCACGGAUAAUAGGAGGUCUAGCUUUUCGAAAGAAAACGGCUCAAAAUCAUACAUACGAAUCAAACCACCCCAAGGUCAAAAGCCUGCUGGUCAGCUGGCGUCAAAGAUGUUGGCAAGAAGCACACGCAAAAAAUAG